AUGCACUUACUCAAGCCGUUGGCUUCAUUUUUCGUGGCAUCAGCAUUCACGAAUGCAAGUAUGUUAUCUAAUCUCCCGAAACCGUCGUCCGAAUCCCUUGCCGCCGGCAAUAGCGCCGUUGAAACGUGCGUAGGUCAAGUUCAUAAAUUAGCAACGGCUUAUGGCUCGCCAGUGUGGGAGAAAGCAGAAAAAGCUGCUCAGUGGAGUGCUGAGAACCCCGGUUCGGCGGCUUGGGUGGUUGUUGGAGCCGGGGGCGCUUUGGCUGUUGCUGCUCCAGGUAUAGUGUCUGCGCCGAUUCUAUCUUCAGCAGGGUUUGCUGCUACUGGGGUCACAGCUAGCUCGUCCGCUGCUGUGAUGCAGAGUACCAUUGGGAACGUCGGGGCCAAUAGCUUGUUUGCACUUUUUCAGAGUGCUGGAGCCGCUGGCUCUGGGCUCGCAGUCGUGAACGGGGUUGUACAGGCCGGUGGGGCGGUUGCGGUUGGUUUUAGCGGAGGACUGGUAUGGUUAAAGUCGAUGUUGUAA